AUGUAUGUGAUAGAGAGCAAAGGAGGAGCAAUAGCUUGUAUGCUCUUGGCUCUGCUCUUCUUAGGGACAUGGCCAGCACUUAUGACUCUAACCGAAAGACGCGGUAGACUUCCUCAACACACUUAUCUUGACUACACACUCGCAAAUCUGUUAGCUGCAGUGAUCAUAGCGCUUACACUAGGAGAAAUAGGUCCAAGCAGACCAAAUUUCAUCACACAACUUUCUCAAGAGAAUUGGCAGUCCAUGAUGUUCGCAAUGGCUGGAGGUAUAGCUCUUAGCCUUGGAACUUUAGCAACACAAUAUGCUUGGGCUUUUGUAGGUUUAUCAGUCACUGAAGUCAUCACAGCGAGUAUCACAGUUGUUAUCGGAACAACUUUAAACUAUUUCUUGGAUGAUAAAAUCAACAGAGCUGAGAUCAUUUUUCCGGGAAUCGCUUGUUUCUUAAUCGCUGUUUGUUUCGGCUCAGCUGUUCAUAAAUCAAAUGCAUCUGAUAACAAAUCCAAACUCCAAGAUUUCAAAAGGUUACAAGAUUUUACAACUAGUUCUUUUUUACGUUUAGAGACUACUUCUUCCUUACAAACGGAGACAAACCCUGAAACCAACGGGUUAGCGAAAGGCGAAGCAAAAAAGGGGACUGCAGCUUUUCUUAUAGAGCUUGAGAAACAAAGAGCCAUUAAGGUGUUUGGUAAAAGCACAAUAAUUGGACUGAUGUUAACUUUCUUUGCCGGUAUAUGUAUCUCUCUAAUCUCACCUGCUGUCAGCUUAGCAACAAACGAUCAGUGGCACACUUUGAAAAAUGGGGUUCCAAAACUCAAUGUGUACACUGCCUAUUUCUACUUCUCAGUAUCUGCAUUUGUGAUUGCUCUGAUACUAAACAUCAGAUUUCUCUAUUGGCCUAUACUUGGUCUCCCAAGAUCUUCUUUCAAGGCUUACUUAAAUGACUGGAAUGGUCGAGGCUUGUCUUUCUUAGCUGGAUUUCUCUGUGGAUUUGGUGAUGGCCUUCAGUUUAUGGGCGGUCAAGCCGCUGGCUAUGCUGCUGCAGGCGCUGUUCAGGCACUUCCACUUGUGAGCACUUUUUGGGGGAUAUUGUUGUUUGGAGAAUAUAGGAGAUCAUCAAGGAAAACAUAUAUACUUCUUAUAUGUAUGCUUUUUAUGUUCAUAGUUGCUGUCGCGGUUCUGACGGCCUCAUCCGGACAUAGAAAAUGAGUUAAAAACGUAUAUUCCACAGAAAUAUCUACAGGGUUAACUACCAAAAGGUAUCACAAGUUUAGUUUAUAACCUUGUAAGAAACGGUUCAUGAGAGCUUUGAAGGAAGAGUGAGAAAAUCUAAAGGCUGCAACAUGUUCAAGUCAUUGGUUAAAUUGAACAAAAAGGGUUAAGAUGUUUUGUUUCUUUGGUAACAUUUUGUAUGACUGCUUUGUGUUUGUUGCACAUCAGAGAAAGAAACCAUCACAUUUAUUCAUUGAAAUGAGCUCUCAUGAUGAGUCUACUCCUGUUGAAGAUGCUGGUGAUGGGGUCAAGAGUGGUUCAAUAUGUUUCGUCGAUGAUCAUCUUUGGCCUGGUUGUAAUGGUCCUUUUAAUUGUGGUAUCUUCGACCUUUCCACAAGUAAGAUCACAUGGCCUAAGAGAUUUGGUGUUUUCAUUGAUAAAACUCAGUGGUUUCUUCCAGGAGCCGCUUAGUGACUAGAUAUGAUGGUGUAAUACUACUCUUUCUUCUUGGCCUUCUUUUGUAAUACCCUUUCGUGUAA